AUGGCCAUCCUGCGCAACACAGCUAUGGCCAAAUCCCUGCUACUGUUGGUGUUGGGGCUCACCCUUUUGAGUGAGGUGGCAGCUCGGAAACAUCUAAAGGCAGGGGAAACUGCUCUGUGCCCUCCUCUGGAGGAUAAUAGUGUGAGGGUUGACAUUCGCAUCCUCAGGCAAAACCGGGGUAUUUCCAUCUCAAAUGAUUUCCAGAAUCGCUCCAGCUCCCCCUGGGACUACAACAUUACGCGCGACCCCCACCGGUUCCCCUCAGAGAUUGCGGAGGCCCAGUGCAGGCACUCUGGCUGCAUCAAUGCCGAAGGGCAGGAAGACAUCUCCAUGAAUUCGGUUCCCAUCCAGCAGGAGUUCCUGGUCCUGCGGAGGGAGCCCCAGGGCUGCUCUCGCUCCUUUCGCCUGGAGAAAGUGCUGGUGACUGUAGGCUGCACCUGUGUCACCCCCAUCGUCCGCUAUGUGCGUGCCUGA